GUGGACCUAAUAUUUAACGAAGAAGGCUCGUGCCCGUUGUGUAAUAAGACGUUUUCAAGGAAGUCUUCGUUGAUAACACACAUACGCAAUCAUGCGGCCGAAAGGAAAUUUGUUUGUAAUUAUUGUAAUAAAGGUUUUACACAAGCGGCCAAUUUACGGAACCAUGAACGCAUUCAUACCAAUGAUCGGCCCUAUGUGUGUGUGGAUUGUGGCAAAACAUUUACACAGAUUACCAACCUCAACAAUCACCGGCGCUUGCACACGGGCGAAAGACCUUUUGUAUGCAUUGAACCGGAGUGUGGACGCUCCUUUGCCCAGGUCACUAAUCUCAACAAUCACAUGAAAACCCACCACAAAGUCCAGCAAUAUUGUUGCAAUCAAUGUCCGAAGAAAUUCACCCAGGUCACCUCUCUAAAUCAACAUUUGCAAGCGCAUGCGGGCAUCACCGGCUACUAUUGUCCCCGUUGUCCGGAGAAAACCUUCAAACAGCAAUCACAACUGCACACGCACAUGAAAACACAUGGCCUGCAAUAUCCAUUCGAGUGUACGAAAUGCGAUGAGAAAUUCUUGCAACAGACCCAUUUGGAGACCCACCUGAAGAUGCACGAAGAAUUCAAAUAUAAAUGCAAUAUAUGUCCGAGUUCGUUUAAUCAGGAAUCACUGCUGAAGAAGCAUGAACAACGUCAUUUAGAGGGCAGGUACCUCACUUGCCCUGUGGCCAGUUGUAAUGAGGCCUUUGCUGUUCGCCAACAUCUCUCGAAACAUUUGUUAAAUAGUCAUUCACAUACAGAAUUACCGCCUCCAAAACGAUCCAAGAAAUGCAUAACACUACAACCGCCUCAGCAACCCUUGGCCAUGGUGGGCCAACCAUUGUCGCUGCAACACGCUCCCCAACGUGGUCGCCCUCCCAAAAAUAAAUCAAAGGCCAAUGCAUUGAAUAUACCAUCGUUGAUCAAAGUCGAUAUAAAUGAUGUUCUGCCUUAUAAUCAAAGUGUUUUGAGCAAUGUCAGUGGUUUGUCAAUACCCCAACAGAUCAAUCAGCACCUGCAACAGCAACAACAGGCCCAACAGCAAGCUCAGCAACAACUACUGCAACAAGUUCAACAACAGGCGCAACAAGCAGCCCAACAAGCGGCCCAGCAAGCCGCCGCAGCUCAGCAGCAGCAACAACAACAUGCUCAACAGCAAUUGGAACAACAGCAGCAGCAACAAUUGGAUCAACAACAGCAGCUGUUGCUGGGCAAUCAAGUGAAAGUUCGCUACAUACCCAAUACACAAAUCAAAUAAAAUUCCUUCACCAUU